CUAUAUAUAAUUAUUUUAUAUUGUUUACAUAGAAUAGUUCAUUGUGCGCUGAAGUGAGGUGAAGACGACAUUAUGUUGAUUGGUCUUAUAUAUAUCCUGAUUUUAAUUAUACAAACAUACGCAGGGAUAGUCAAAGGCCCUGAUUCAACCCUCAUUAUAUCAAGGGUGUUAUCGUUAUCUACCAAAGUCGACACGAUUGGACCCCAUCAGUGGCAUCACAAUUAUGAUAUAGGUAAUGUUACUGAUCUCAUGCCAGUCGUCAAUGGAACGAAAAGUACGUAUAAGUUUGAUAUUGAGAAAUUUGAUAAUGGAUCCAACUUGUACUGCAAGCACGUUGACGGUGGUUUCACUGUCAAUAUCAGAAACGAUCUUUUCUCCAACUGCGGAGUGCAACCAAUGAAGCUGCUUUUAGUCGAUGAUGGUUAUUAUGAGGACAGAGUAGAUAAAAUUUAUGAAUAUCACGAGAACGAACAAAUCGUAUUUGACUGUGUCCAGCAUCCUUUGGCUCCCAGUGCUUCAAUUUCAGAUGUUUUUAUCGGUUGGAUUUACCCGGAAUCAGGGAAAAUAUCACUGCACGGCAAGAACCGAGGAGCUAUGAAAGGAAUAGUAACGCUUAACAAAGAAUAUAAUUCUAGCGUUAUAUGUUGUGUGUACUAUAUUACGACGGAAUCCAGCUCACACACACAAAUACUGCGUUACGUUACUAAUAAAACUCGUUUAAUAUGGAAAGAUAAUAGUGAGUCUCAAGUGGAAACCAUUUCUACGAGUACUGCUGUAAAUACUGAAAUAGAAGUGGGAUCAACUGAGAGAGAUCAAAUUUUCAAAGAAAACGUUACAAAAUAUUCGCCAGAUACUCCAGAGAGAAAUAAACUUUUGAGAGGCAAAUCGACAUUAAAUGGAAAUAAGAAUAACGUCUUCCUUAAACAAAACAUUUCCGACACGCCUAAUGACACACACGAAACUAAAGUUAAUAACUCUCUGAUAAUUGGUGUCGGUUCCGCUGUAUUCGUUCUUACAAUUAUUGUACUAGCGGUGCUGGUGAUGGUCAAAAAACACAGCAGUACUUAUGCAAGUGGAAGUCCACGACUGGAUCAGAAAAACGUGAGUUAACAGCGUCUUAUAUUAUAAAUGCGAAAGUGUAUCUUUGUUACUCAAUCACAUGAAACGGCUUAAAGGAUUUGGAUGAAAUUGACAUUGAAUGAUACUGGCUACUUUUUAUUCCACGGGAACGUAGGCGAAGCCGCUGGCAAAAGCCAGUGACGAUAUCAUGUAGCAUAGCGUAGUCUAGCAGUGUUGUUGACCAAUGAAAUCAAUCGAAGGUGAGACGGUACUUCACACCGAAACACCUGCUGAGCCUGUACCAAGCGCAGGUUCGGUCAUGUAUGGAGUGCUGUUCUCACCUUUGGGACGGCUCGGCUAAAUACCAGCUGGAUGCCCUCGAACACAUUGAAAGGCGUGCCAAGAAGCUCAUCAAUGAUGAUGCGCUUGUGCAGGCCCGACUUCAAAACCUUGAACACAGGCGCAAGGUGGCAAGCCUUUCCGUUUUUUACCGGAUACAUUUCGGAGAGUGUGCGGGGGAAUUGCACAACUUGAUUCCUCCUAGUCCUUUCCAUCAUCGAACCACAAGACAAUUGGCGAGGCGUCACCGUUUCAUGGUGGAUAUCCCACCCACACGCACGAAGCGCUUCGCUUCAAGCUUCCUUGUGCGAACUGCUAGGGAGUGGAACUCCUUUCAGGAGUCUGUGUUUCCUGAUGGGUAUAACCUGGGUGUCUUCAAAGCCCGAGUGAAUAGGUUGCUUAUGGGCAGACGUGCUCCACCGUAGGCCGCAUCAUCACUUACCAUCAGGCGAGAUAGUGGCCAAACGUCGACCCAUUUAACAUUAAAAAAAAAAUAUUACAUCUUGCUUAGACACAGUGAAAACUCCAC